AUGAAAGAUGGUAUCAGGUGUAUAGAAGAGGAGAGAGAAGCUCUUCUCAAGUUCAAAGAUGAGCUUAUUGAUGAAUAUGGCCGACUCUCUUCUUGGGGAAAUGAAAAAUAUAAGGAAGAUUGUUGCAAAUGGAGUGGUGUCUCUUGUGAUAACCAGACUAAUCAUAUUGUUCGUUUGGAUCUUCAAGGUCCAUUGGACGGUGAAUAUGAGAGUACUGCACCUCUAAAAGAUUGGUUUCAAACAAUAACUAAGCUGAAUCAGCUUAAAUCUUUAGUCUUAUCUUCGUGUAACCUGCCAAUGGUACUUCCUUCCUCACCUUUCAAUACUUCUAAUUCUCUUUUGCAAUUUGUGGUCGUUGGAAAUGAGUUCUCUUCUUCACGGAUAUUUCCUUUGGUGUUUAACUUAAGCAGUAGCCUUAGUUUUCUUGACCUCAGUUCCAACAAAUUACAUGGUGAGAUUCCAAUAUCCUUGGGGAAUAUGAGUGGUUUAACUUCUUUAUUUUUAUCUCAUAACCAACUCACAGGGAAAGUGCCUUGUCCUGCAUUAUCUUCCUCAUUAACAUACUUAGAUCUUUCUCGUAAUAUGUUUAAUGGUACCAUUGCACAAUGCAUAGGAAGCCUUUCCAAGCUCGAAUCUUUGUACCUUGGCUCAAACAACUUUGAAGAUGUAAUCGCUGAAUCCCAUUUCUUUAAUCUUUCCCAAUUAAAAUAUUUGGACUUGUCUUUCAACCCAAGUAUCUCGUUCAAUAUCAGUUUAGGAUGGAAUCCUCCAUUUCAACUGACAUCAGUAGAUUUAUCUGGUUGCAAAGUGGGUCCACAUUUCCCCGCAUGGCUUAGAACACAAACAACAUUAGAGAUUCUUGAUAUCUCUAAUGCUGAAAUUUCGGGCACCGUUCUCUGA